CACGAUUCUCCGAGUUCGUCCACUGUCGAAUGUGUGAAACGAUCGCACGAUGAUCCAGAUUUGACUCCAACAGCCUUCAACUCUCCAAUGUCUGAUGUAUUCCUCAGCGGAUCAUUCAGUCCUUCUCUGAACUCGGUCGAUCCGCAUGAGUGUCAGAGCCCCACAGAUUUUUCCCCGCCCCAUAUCAUGGAGUCCGAUCGAACUCUGCCCACCGAUAGGAUGUUGGAGGGGAUAGCGGAAGAAGAAGAAUGCGAUAACCAGGUGACUGCAUCACCGGAGGCCGAGAAACAGUUUGCGGAAAGCAUUAUUCUCACACUUCAUCGAAUUCUUUGGCUUGGUAGUGGAAUGAACCGUAAUUUACUCAAAGGAAAUGAAACAAAAGAAAAUCCAGUGAUGGUCUAUCAUGAAGCCUUUGCAUUCCUGACGGAAAUUCAUCGAACACAUGAACUGAUUGCCCCCUACUUCUACCUGGUGCAACGUUUAUUGGAACACUUGAUAGCAUCUUUUGAAGAGGAAUUGGUCAACAGUGUGCCUAGUGCAGAAUUUUUAAAGAACGAAUCCAUUCGAGUGUUCACAAUCUCUCUUAUUCGGCUGAUUGUGGAUUUGACUUGCAAUCAUCCAAAUCUGGUGGAUUCGGAAUAUCGAACUGAGCUACUUGAUGCGGUCAUGCAACUUCUCCAAGGGACCUUGAUGGUUUGGGACUCGUGUGAAAAGUGGGAACAAUUGGAUGCCCUAACCUUGCAUCUGCUUUUGAUGUGGGUAUCCGAGAGCUUAUGCUCGAAUCAAGUGGAAGUGAUCCCAGAUGGUCUUGUUCGCUUGCACUUUGUGAUUUGUCAGUUAACCGAGGGUAAAACUCUGAAUAAAGCUGCAUUUCUCCUCUACCGCCUGGAGAAAUUACUCACCUUCUUUGCCCGGAUGGUUGAAUUCGAGGCAUCCGUCAGCCAGCUGGGUGGGAAUGAUUGCAUUACCAGCCCGACACCUACUUUGUCCCAUAGAAGGCAUCCUCAGGCGGGUAGCGGUUUCACUCCGGAAACACACGAGACCAGUCAAACAGCCAAAUCAGAUUCACAAGCUCCUCGUCUAAAGACACUGAGCGAUUCUUUGAUUCAUCUUACUCCAGUUGUUACAAAAGUGUUGAUCAAAUUCGAACCUGUGCUCGAUUUGCGUUCACAUCUGCCGGAUUUAGACUGGAACAGUGUUUCCUUAUUCAAAAAAUUUAAUCAUUACCGGAAACAUUCCACCGAACAGUGGCGUCACUUCCUCGAAACAAGUAUCAAACCGGUUGCGGAAGCGUACACGUCCAAAUUUAUCGUAACCACCGUUUCUGAACAAACUCUGUACAGAGCUGUGGCAAACGAAGAUCUGACCAAGUCACGACGUUAUCAGCGCACGCUGGAAGAUAACAUGGCGACCAAACUGUAUGAUGCACUGCCCUCGUUUGAUCUUGACGCACUCGGUCUCACGUCAAGCAGAAGUUCCGGUUGGCGUCAGUUGUGGUCAAGCGACCACACCAGUGCUAAUCAAGUACUAUUUAACCAACACAACAGUGUGGUUGGAUUUGGUCCAUUGAACACUUUUGCCGGUCCAAUUGCGUUUUCAGCGGACUAUAAACAAGCCCUGCUGUCCUACAGAAUACAGGAGCGGUUCAUAUGUCGUGAUGAAUGGCUUACUGUAGUUCAUCAGUUGACCGCCAUCAGUCCGCUGGCCUCAUGGUUCAUGGGCUGUCGAAUGCGGCCAUUGCUUGAGCCCAGCCUCAAAACUACAAUUUAUGAACCACCCAACGCCUAUAGCAGAACAUUUUCAGUUAGCGAAGUUCUCUCUAGACUGGCUGGAAACAUUGGGGAUGAAAAUCCAGUUCGUUUUGGUGGACUGGAAACAACCGUAGAAGAAUUGACGGUUCGCAGUAGACGAACCACUGUGGUGCGGAUAUCCACUAGUAGUUUAUCUGGAAAAGAAGCAACACUGAUUGUUGAGACCCCGUCGCGGUCGAAGUCCUCGGUUACGCAUGUGGAUGGCAAAGUGGUCGAGGCUUUACUCGCAAGAUGUACUACUAACACAACAGAGUUAAGUGAAGACCAAGUUGCCGAAACUGAAUGGAAUAAUUUUGCUGAUCCUGACGAUGAAAUCACAAAGGGGAUCCCGAAUGAUUCUUCAAAAUCUGAGGAUAAAACGCUGGACGAUCCUUCUAAUGAUUCAAAAUUCGGUUACGUAAUGGACAGUAGUCAACACUCUGACUCGGAAGAGUCAAAGCGAGAUACUGAUGCGAGGAGAUUGUCCUUGGCAGAUCGACGAAAAGUAGCUACGGAGAAAGGUCUCGAAAAGCUGAAUCUGAGUAAUAUACAAAAUCCUCGACAGAGCUUUUCUAUCGAAAAGGGGAAAGGAAGCUGGGGAUCGAGUUCACAGGAUCUGUACAAACUGCAAUAUCAACACCCACUUUCCAGGCGUUCGCAAGUGAUGACACCUAUGACCAUGAGACCUCAAGCAAUCGCGGCAACAUCUGAUGGAGGCGGAGGAACAUUCCUUCAGGGCAAAAGUGGGCUUUUACGGUGCCAAGCCCAAAUGAUAACACCUUUGGAUGUGAUAGAAGGCACUUUUAUUGUGACGCAUAGUAUGAUUCGAUUUGUUGGUUUUCUCGAUCCCAAGAAGAGACCCAGUUUGGCUAGCUUAUCAUCCGCACCGUUCUCACACGAUUCGAAUGACAGCUUUACAGAUCGUAGGGUAGCCACUUUUUCGUGGAGACUAGCGAAAAUUCGAGAGAUUCAUCUCCGUCGCUAUAAUCUCCGUCGAUCAGCGAUCGAAAUAUUUCUAGUGAACAAUUUAAAUUACUUGUUCAAUUUCGACAUACAGAUGCGAAAUAAGGUGUAUUGUCGUCUGAUAAGCCUUCGAUUUCCCAAUCAGAGUGCCACAAACAGUCGCAGUCCCAGAGAACUAUUCAAGGCUUCCGGUUUAACCAAGCGCUGGGUGGAACGGGAAAUCUCAAACUACGAGUACCUAAUGUCUUUGAACACUAUUGCCGGUCGAACAUUCAAUGACCUCAACCAGUAUCAUGUGUUCCCGUGGAUUAUUGCCGACUACGAAUCCAAAGAGUUGGACUUGAAUAAACCUGAAACGUUUCGGGAUUUAUCUCGUCCGAUUGGAUUGGCUAACCCAGAAUUUAUUCAACGAGUGAAAGAGAAGUACGAAUCUUUUGAAGAUCCUGGCGGUACGAUACCGAAAUUUCAUCACGGUACGCACUAUUCCAGUGCUGCCGGUGUCCUUCACUAUCUCGUUCGUCUUGAGCCUUUCACUGCGUUCCACUGUGAAUUACACGGUAACAGAUUCGAUGUGCCCGAUCGCCAAUUCCAUUCCAUUCCCGGCACUUGGCGCUUCAUCAUGAGCAGUCCAAAUGAUAACAAAGAGCUCAUACCAGAAUUCUUCUCACUGCCGGACUUCUUGAGGAAUGACAAUGAUUUCAAUUUCGGCUCCUUUCAAGAAUCCAACGUUCGUAUAAAUCAUGUGGAACUGCCUUCCUGGGCUUCCAGCCCCGAAGAUUUCAUUCAAAAGCAUCGUGCCGCACUUGAGUCCGACUAUGUGUAUAAACAGACUGGUCCUGCCGCAGUGGAUGCUCUGAACGUGUUCUUCUACGCUUCAUACGAGGGAGCGGUGGAUUUGGAUAAAAUCCCCGAUGAACUGGAACGAGCUGCGAUGGAAAGUAUGAUUAACAACUUUGGUCAGACUCCUUGUCAGUUGCUGAAGGCCCCUCAUCCAAAGCGCCUUACCUACUCAGAGUGGUUAAGUUCACUGCUUAACCAGCGCCGCAUCCCGUUAACGAACCUACUUGUAAUGAAACGGAACUAUCAUCCUGUGCAACUUGCUGAAUUGAAACGACCAACGUUGACUGUUACGCAUAGUAGUAGCACAUCACUAUCUGAGUCCAACAACUCGCUAAAUGUUGUGGCGUCGGAAAGUGAGGAUGAUAACCCUGUUCACUCCGAUUCGGCCGAAUAUGGUGAAGCUACCUCAAACAGUAGUCGCGCAAUGGAGCCAUCGGAUGAUGUUCCCACUGGAGAUAGUCUGGUUACUAAAGAGCUUUGGUCGAUGCAUUUGGGCUCUAAGGCUGCUGAGAAGCAGUAUGUGUUUGGAGUAAAUUGUCGCAUGUAUCAUCUGGUGGGAGUACUUCAGGUAGAACGUUCAACAUGUAUUUCAGCAUCUUAUUUGGCUGUAAUCCCAGCUUUCCGCAUGCCUCCGCCAGCUCUUGUGAAUAGAUCAGCUUCCGGGGAUGAUUCGGCUUCAGCGAGUUUUAGUGGAGAUUCAAAAAUGACAUCCAGCCCAGAUCCAAGUCACGUACUGAAGACAGUGGCAUCUCUAGCAAUGGCAUCAGCAAAGCAAUCAUCUUCGGAAAUGAAUGAACCCAUAGAGGAUAGAAGCAGUUUUUCUUAUGACAUCAACUGCCCUGAUUUUGGCAUUCCACGGACUUCUCUGGAACGUCUCGCUUCUUUGGUUCUUUCCGUUGAUGAACGUGGAUCUAUCAGUCGUUACAUUUGGCGACCAAAAGACGGUUCCUCUUCGACGGAAAAUUCGGCCAUUCGCGCGCAAGAUAACUUCCAGUUGGAAUUAAGCAGCAAGAAUAUGCUUCACCGUAACUUGUGUAGUGUCGGCCCGUUGGAUCGGACAGUGUUAUGGACACCAAGCAAAUUACGUUCGAUCAAAACCGCCGUGGAUACUCCGAGUGAAUCCAUUCCGUGUGAAAGUGAAUCCAACACACUUGGUUCACAAAUGUUUGCUGUCAGUAGUGAUGGUUGCUGGUUAUUUGCGGCCGGGCGAUGGGAUAAUCGGCUGGCAAUUUACAAUGUUCAUCGGUCUCGCCUUGAAACAUUGGUUACCAGUCCACAUUCAGACACAAUAAGUUGUGUUGCAAUCGAUACAGUUGAUGGUUUGGGAGACACGAAUCCGUUUAUUACACGUCCGGACUCGGGACGUCGGAGUAGUAUUUCAAUAACAUCCUCUAGCAAUCCAUCACUACAGCCAUUUGGUGCCCCGCUGAAUGAUACAGUCAAUCCCACGCGCUACUUGAUUACCGGGAGUAAAGAUGGGACGUGUGCAGUAUGGGACCUGGAUCCCACUGAUGUAAAAGACGCAAAUAUGGAUGAAGUUCGGUGGGAGUCGGAAAACACUGUGCCCUCUUUUCAAGAUGAUGAUUUUUUGGUCGAGUUUUAUGGUGGUGAGGAUGAGCUUUGUGACCCCGAUCGAUUCUUACUCAAGCUGCCUACAUCAUCCGUAUCUCAUCCUCAGGUAAAUGAGCAACGGAGCCCAACUGCAAUUAACAUCACUGUCUCCGAUACGGAAUCUGGCCUGGGCACAGAGAAUAAAGAUAGCCCGAUCGAUAUAUGUGAAUCUCAGUCCAGACUGGACUUCUCGCGUCUGAAAGCGGGCAGGUUUCCACAACAUGGAGCACCGUUGGUCUAUUCGCAUGCUGGACACGCAUUUUAUCCGCCUGGUGUGUCUGGAUUCCAACCUUCAUGUUCUCGGCCGUUAAUCAUUGUACGCCGUCUGUUCUACAAUGACGCAACUGGUGAUCCAGUCAGCACAGUUGCUUUGAAUAUGAGUCUUGAUUUGGCUUUAGCAGCCACACGUGGAGGGAGACUAGUGUACCUCUAUGCCGUUCGACGUUCAAGUUGGUCUAAAGUUUUGCACUUGGAUGGUUUAAACCAAACUCCCGGGACCCCGUACAAUUUACCCGCUUUCCGGUCCACAUCUACAGCAACAUCCCUCACAUUCACUACGGGAUUUCAAGUACAUCAUCUAAUUACGCACAUGGACGUGAUCACAAUUUAUCUGCUUUCCACCUUGCCGACCCAGUUGAGCCUGGAAUACUAA